AUGGCAACGGUUAGAUUUAUAAAAAAAACAUUGUUUUUAUCAAACGGUUUUAAAAAAAUUCGUAAUAAUAGUUGCAGAUGUUAUGCACAACAUUAUCCAAUUGAUGAUGACGUUUACGGUUUAACGGAUGAUCAAAAACAGUUAAGAGAAACCGUUUUCAAUUUUGCACAAAAAGAAUUAGCACCAAAAGCAAGUGAAAUCGACAAAAAUAAUAAUUUUUCAUCAUUAAGAGAAUUUUGGAAAAAAUUAGGGGAUUUGGGACUUUUAGGAAUAACGGCUUCACCUGAUUAUGGAGGGACAGGAGGAACUUAUACUGAUCAUUGCAUCAUUAUGGAAGAAUUAUCAAGAGCUUCUGGUGCCAUUGCUCUCAGUUAUGGAGCUCAUUCAAAUUUGUGUGUAAAUCAAAUAAGUAGAAAUGGAAACGAAGAACAAAAAAAAAAAUAUUUACCCAAGCUUUGUUCUGGAGAACACAUGGGAGCAUUGGCAAUGUCAGAACCUGGAUCAGGUUCAGAUGUUGUUUCUAUGAAACUCAAAGCUGAAAAAGAUCCAUCUGGGAAAUUUUACGUUUUGAAUGGAAACAAAUUUUGGAUUACAAACGGUCCAGAUGCAGAUGUUCUUGUGGUUUAUGCUAAGACAGACACAAAAAGUAAACCACAGCAUGGAAUAUCAGCAUUUCUUAUCGAAAAAGGAUUUGAAGGUUUUUCGACUGCUCAAAAAUUAGAUAAAUUGGGUAUGAGAGGUUCUAACACUUGUGAACUCAUAUUUGAAAACUGCAAAGUGCCAGCUGAAAAUCUUUUGGGACCUGAAAAUAAGGGUGUUUAUGUUCUUAUGAGCGGAUUAGAUUAUGAACGAUUAGUAUUAUCCGCUGGUCCAGUAGGUUUAAUGCAAGCUGCCUGUGAUGUAGCUUUCGAUUAUGUUCAUGUAAGAAAACAAUUUGGUACAAAAAUAGGACAAUUUCAACUAUUACAGGGUAAAAUGGCUGACAUGUAUACAAGGCUAAGUGCUUGUCGUUCAUACAUGUUUUCUGUCGCUCGAGCUUGUGAUGCUGGAAAGGCAAACAAGAAAGAUUGUGCAGGUGUUAUUUUAUAUUGUGCUGAAAAUGCUACACAAGUGGCUUUAGAUGCCAUACAAUGUUUAGGUGGCAAUGGGUACAUCAAUGAUUAUCCAACUGGUCGUUUACUUAGAGAUGCAAAAUUAUAUGAAAUUGGUGCAGGAACAAGUGAAAUAAGAAGAUCACUGAUUGGUAGAGCUUUAAAUGAUGAAUACAAAUGA